GGACGAUUACUGGGUUUUAAUCGUACCUUCUUCGGGUAAUUAAUGCGAGGGAGGUGGUUCCAAGGUCUUUACUGUGGAGGGGGGCAAUCAGUUGCCCCAGUGAGGAUACAUUUUUCAACGUUAGUGGUUGACACUUCGCGAAACUUGCAACUUAAGUGUCUCGAAAAUAACGUGAUUGUCUUUUCAUGAAUUUUCAUUUUUUUUUCUGUCAACAAUUCGUGCGAAUAAUUCAGUCGAUGAUUGUUCGAAGUUAAUUGCUAAUUAUCCUGAAUUAAUUGUCGACGAUUGUUUAUUUUUAUUUACUCGGAGUGAUGUAAAAUAUGAAGAAGUGAGUGAAGUGAAAUUUCGUAAUUAUCGAGAUAUUGAAGUUCAGUUAAUCCGUUGGCGUUGCGGCUCUUCAGGGUCUUCAGCCCGUGGAGUUGAAGCCGUACAUUUGAAUACGCGUAUUGGAGGGGAAUUAUGGUGGACAGAGAGGAUGAGAAUGAGGGCGGUAGCUCACCGGAUACGGUGAUCGGACGGGUGGAGUUCGAGGAGGCCAGGAGGCUGAGGAAUAACAGCACUUCUGGGGAGUAUCACACGGCUGCUGAUUCCAGCUUGAGUUUGGAUACCAUCGGGAGGACUUUGGAGACCGAAGCAACUGGCGAUGGCACCGCUGAGGGAACUGUGAAUCAGGGGGAAAAGAAGAAGAAGAGGUUUGGGAGCUUGAAGACCACCUUCCGAAGAGAUAGCGGGUUCUUCAAGGGGAAGAAGAAGAGCAAGGAGUUGGAGGCACAGUCUUCCGCGGAACUGGAGAUUGCUGAGAACUUGUCCAAAGAGCCAAACAGAAGAACAGGUGCACCACUGGAGGCGAGAUACUCUCCAACGCCGCCAGCCCACCAGAGUCCAUCACCACCAGUCACGAAGAUGAUGAAGAAGAAGAAGUCCGGUUCGCUUGUUCGCAAGCUGAGCCUGAGCAAAUUUCGCCUCGGCUCGAGCGAUCAAGAGAUACGUCAGACACCCGAGGGCGGUGACAGCAGCCGUUCGCAGAGCCAGUCCUCCCAGGAGUCGCCCAGUUACCCCGAGAGUCCAGUAAAAUCUAUCAAAAAAAGUGGACACGCGAGUCGGGUGGACGAGGAGAGACCGAAGGGUAGGGAGAAGAGAACAACUCCUGCAGCGACACCGACGUCAGAGAGGCGUAACCCAGGUACAACGUGGGGGCAAGAUAGGGAGGAGGGAGCGGGUGCUGGCACCGAACGACGGGGAGACGAUGCUAAACGUCGACAGAAACCAGAUAAACUCGAGAAAACAGUCAGCACUGUCACCGUUGUACAGCGCAAGUCACCCUCGGUCACCAUCAGGACCAGUUUCUCACAGGAGCAUAAACAAAGUCCAGAUUUCAAGAGAGAAGAUCGUCGCCCGGAGCCCUCCGGCAGGCAAGUAGUGUCAACCCUUCCCUACGCUCGCUCCAAAUGGUCUGACAGUUCAGUUGACCUCGGUGGAUCAUCGAAGAAGCUCAAACUAGCCGUGAAAGCUGGAUCAGAGUCGUCGCUGCGGACACCACCGGUGACACCGCCCGUUGAACUCCGGCGAAAGCUGUCGCUGCUCGAGGAGAAGAGGGCGAUAUUUCAGCGCAAGUUCUUCGCAAGCUCCGAGGGAAUUCCAUCGCGGGAAAACUCACGGGACACAAUCGUCGGCAUACGGGGAUCUCCCACCCCCGAGGACAUCCGAAGUGAGGACGAUCCUUUUCCUGAUAAUUUUGGGAGCAGGCGACCAUCCAAACACAUCAGUGUACGCACCUUCGAUAUUUACUCGACCGUCGACGGUGAUUUCGACGAGGAGUCCGAGGAUUAUCUGGAGGGGAUUGAGGAUCAGGAGGAAAUUGAGCCCCCUAACAUGGCGCUCACUGGUGAAACAACGGCUGAUGUCCCCAGGACACUCAGCGUUGAAAGUGGGUCUACGCACAAUAGCGCACCGAGUGCGGGCGUUGGUGAGAAGAGAGAGCAUUUGUAUAAAAUACUUGUUAUUGGAGAAUUGGGAGCUGGUAAAACAUCGAUCAUCAAGAGAUACGUUCAUCAGUUCUUUUCACAACAUUAUCGUGCUACCAUUGGCGUUGAUUUUGCGCUGAAAGUAUUGAAUUGGGAUCCACACACUAUUAUCAGGCUACAGCUAUGGGAUAUCGCAGGACAAGAGAGAUUCGGAAACAUGACGAGAGUUUACUACAAAGAAGCCGUUGGUGCUUUUAUCGUCUUCGACGUGACGAGAAGUGCAACUCUUGAAGCUGUGGUCAAGUGGAAACAGGAUCUUGACUCUAAAGUGCAACUUCCCGAUGGCUCACCAAUUCCAUGUGUUCUUCUCGCUAAUAAGUGUGAUCAGCAGAAAGAGGGAUUAGUCAAUUCACCGGGGAAAAUGGAUGACUAUUGCAAGGAGAAGGGCUUCGCUGGAUGGUUUGAGACAUCGGCGAAGGAGAAUAUUAAUAUCGAAGAAGCCGCGCGAUUUCUUGUGAAUAAAAUACUCCAAAACGACCAAAUAAUGAAAGGUAAUGGUACCCAAGACCAAGCGGACGGUGAACGUUUCGCCCUAAACCAAUCACCAACGAGUUCAAAGAAAUCCUGCGCCUGCUGACAAAGUCUAAUUAACCGCAAUCAUCCGCCCAAUUUGGAGUACAACGAGAGCACGCGAGUGACUGUCAUCGCGUUGAUCACCUAGAAUUCGUGUGACAAUUACGUAUUUACAUUAAUUAUCAUCUUGUGACGUGCAAUAAUGCUAGCCUGACCAAUGGGGUUUCGAUAUUUCUAGUUAAUGUCCAUUUGCCACGUAAACUUAUUUAAGGAGAAUGAUAGGAGAGAUGGAGAGAGCAAAAGACUCUCGGAGAUUAUAUUUUACGCCAUUCCAUUUGCCUAAUUAUUCCCCCGUUUCCCGGACCUUCACCUGUUAACUUCAACGGCAAUUCAAUUACGUUGGGGGAGUUUUUUCUUCAUGGAAGUUGGUGUUUACCUUGAAUGUCGCUUUUAGCGCGGCCUCAGUGCCAUUCGUUCAUAAUAUCAUUUUUCAAAAACAUUGAAUUUACUUUCAGCUCUAUCAUUCCGUAGGUUUUUAAUGAAUUUUUAAUGGGGAAAAUACGACGAAUUAUUAUUACAUAGUUUGAAGAAUUUUUCGACAAAGAAUUUUCGGCAUAUUUAUUGGUAAAUUUUAUCAAGUGACGUUUCUAUUGACAUUUUUUGGCGACAUUCGUCAUCAAAAAUUCAGAAUUAAUUUUGAAACAAUCGCUACAAACACGAAAUUCAAUUUUUCCAUUCAAGGGGAAUAAUAAAAUUCGCAAAAUCGACGGUCAGUUGUUGUUUCAUGAUAAAAUUUUAUACAUACAAUUGAGAGAAGACUAUUACGAAGAUAUAUAUGUAUACACUCGCAAACGAACUGUAAAGAAAACUAAUAUAUAAAGGCAUCACUUCAGGUUCAUUCGAAACCUGAGUGAUCUGCUAAUCUUGUAAAUAACUAAAAAAUUCAAGAUCAACAAAUCUUCCGUCGCUCUCGGUGGGUCGUAGCAAUGCUUUCCCUUACUCUCCGUUUAAUUAAGAUAUUUACACUUUUAUAUAACAUUGUAAUCACACUUUACGACUCACGAGGCGACCAUUCUGAAAUAGCUGCAAUUUUUAGCAACAUACAGUAUCUUGAAUUCUUUCUCUGUUCACCAUAAAAUUAUUCCAGUUUUGUUCGAUGUAAUAAAUGAAGACGCCAUUAAAUUAUGCUCGAUUGUUA